CUCACGGGCUCUGCUUCAUUGCUUCGAGCUGAUCUGGUGAAGCCCAGCAUCAGCAUCGCCAUGUCGAGCUACAGGGUCGCUGUACCGGAGGAGAAGCUGAUCACUCUCAAGAUCAAGCUUGCUCAGGCAGAAUUUCCGGACGAGCUUGAAGGUGCAGAGUGGGACUAUGGAGCUCCACUGGCGGACGUGAAGCGUCUUGCAAAGCACUGGCAGAAGAAGUUCGAUUGGAGACUGCAAGAAGCAAAGCUCAAUGAGUUGCCCAACUACCAGCGAAGCGUGAAAGUUGAAGGCUUUGGCGAUAUCGACAUUCACUACCUUCAUCAGCCUUCGGAGAAUCCCAAUGCUAUUCCACUCCUCUUCGUCCACGGAUGGCCGGGCAGCUACCUUGAAGUGGUCAAAAUGUUGCCUGCUCUGCGAAAUGGUAGCAAUGGAGUCGCAUUCCACGUUGUAGCGCCAUCCCUACCAAACUUCGGCUGGUCCCAAGGCAUUUCACGAACAGGAUUCGGACCUGCGCAGUACGCUGAGACAUGCGAUCAACUCAUGCAGUCACUAGGCUACAACCAAUACGUGACUCAGGGCGGCGACUGGGGCUUCAUGAUCACCCGGGUGAUUGGACUUCGCUAUCCACAACGCUGCCUAGCUUCCCACAUCAACAUGAUCCGCGCCAAUCCUCCGACUUGGCUCAAGAACCCUAUUUUGACUCUACGACAUAACCUCACGCCAUACAGUCAAACCACGAAGGACGGCUUCGCACGCUCACAGUGGUUCCUCAACGAAGGGUCCGGCUAUCGAUCGAUACAAGCCACCAAGCCGCAGACUCCUGGCUAUGGCCUGCAUGACUCUCCAAUAGCUUUACUUGCCUGGAUCUACGAGAAGCUACAUGAUUGGACCGACAACUACCCCUGGACCGACGACGAGAUACUGACCUGGGUCUCGAUCUACUACUUCUCCACUGCUGGGCCUGCUGCUUCACUCCGCAUAUAUUACGAAGCGACACAUUUGUCCGGCCUCAACAAUGUUCAUCGAGACAGAACUCAUGACUGGAUCCCGAAUGUGAAGCUAGGCUUGUGCCAUAGCCCUCGAGAAAUAACGCUUGUCCCGAGCACGUGGGCGAGGACUCUUGGCCCUGUCGUCUACGAGGACUUCAAGAAGAAGGGCGGACACUUUGCAGCUCACGAGAUUCCAGAGGAGAUCGUGAAGGAUCUCAUUGCCAUGUUCGGCAAGGGUGGGCCAUGCUACGGCAUCAUCAAGACCAAGGCGAAGUUGUAGCUUGCGACGACGUCCAAGGAACGACAACCGACGAUGACUUACUGUGUGCACCUACUCAGCAGUAGCGAACGCCAUCAACAGAAUGGCGUACUUUCUUUGUACCAAAAUUGGAACGACACGCCACUAAUAAUCGGCUUUGUCUGCACACUCACACAAUGAACUUGGGGCGCGCAAUAUAACCAUAUCGGCUACGCCGCCUCAGAAACCG